UUUUUUUUUUUUUCUAGCCUAAAAAGGAGAAAAAGGGGGCUUGUUUCUUAAGCACUUGGAAACCUCAAAUAUAGAUGAACCCAGCUUUCUGUUUCUUCGUCUUUGUAGCUAGAUAGCUGCUGUUUUAUCUUCUUCUUCUUGGUUCUAUUUUAUUGACUACAAAAAAUAUGGUGACAUCCAUACUGUUACUAGCGGUUCUUUUUAUAGCUGGCUUUGUUAAUGUUUACUUUUAUUUUUCUUCCAAGAAGUUUUGUGCAUGGCUUCUCUCUUUCUUCCCCAACAGCUCUUCAUCAGCUGUCUCCUCUAAGACUGCUGCUGCUCCUCAGGUGAUUUCAGUCAAGGAAAGAAGUGAUUCAGAGAAGGUAGAGCUGAAAAGGGUUUUCGCCACCUUUGACAAGAAUGGUGAUGGGUUCAUAACAAAGCAAGAACUAGGGGAAUCACUCAAGAACAUGAGGCUGUUCAUUACAGAGAAAGAGGUGGAAGAAAUGGUAGUGAAAGUGGAUGCUAAUGGAGAUGGGUUGAUCGAUUUCGAUGAGUUUUGCAUCUUAUGUCAGGCCAUGGGUGGUCAUGGUCAUCCGGAAGGUGCGAGAAGAGGAGAAGAUGGGAAUGGAGUUUAUGAGGAAGGCGAUGGAGAAGGAGAAUUGAAGGAAGCUUUCGAUGUGUUUGACAAAGAUAAAGAUGGGUUGAUUUCAGUUGAAGAAUUGGGUUCUGUGCUGAGUUCUUUGGGGUUGAAGGAAGGGAACAAGAUGGAGGAUUGCAAAGCAAUGAUCAGGAAAGUUGACAUGGAUGGAGAUGGCAUGGUUAGUUUCGACGAAUUCAAGAGGAUGAUGAAAAGUGGAGGCGGGCUAGUCUCAGUAUCAGCCUUCUAAACUCCUCUGCUAAUUAAUUAACUACUCCAAGCUUCAAGCUUAAAGCUAGAAGUAAGGCUUCUGAUCUCUCUUUCUCCUGCUCAAACUCACAAUUUAUGUAGAGACGACGGCGACUUAUAACCUGACGUGCUUGUUCCUCUCUACCCUGCUCUCACCAAACACUUCAGCUCUGGAUCCAUUUCAAUCUUACCUGGUGGACGACUAUCUACAGUCGAUGUAUCUAUGUUGGACCUUUUUCAUUUUGUUUUUGUCAUUUAAUCCUUUUGGAACACAAUACAGUCUUCACACGCUUUCACCAACAACCUUAAAUUGCCAUCUGCUAUUUGUAACCGUACGUUGAAGAACUUCCGUACUAGUUCAGAUUUUAGGUCUCUGUGUUUUAAUGUACUGUACAUAUAGUUUGGAAACUUAAUGCUGGCGAAAUUUAUAUUUGUAAAGGGCCCCCAAUCAUAUGCA